GGGGGGGGGCAUGGGCAAGUCGGCAGCUUUUCAAGGCCUCUCGGGUGUCCGACCUGUUAGGAGCAGUUUGUUCUCUCUCGGGCACCGGGCCCAGGAGAGAGACGAAAUCUGGAGCUGGCGCCAGGCUGGAGGGUGUCGCCGUCCACCUUGCCCUGCCCCCCGGCCAUCACCCCCUUCCCAGUGAACUCGGGCGUCCAGAGUCCCUGCUCUCGCACCCCCCGCGCUCCCCUCCCAGACAGCCCGGGCAUCUGGGCUCCCAAUGCCCCCUUGCUCUCGCCCUCCAGCCCCCACUCCCCUCCCGGAGUACCCAGGCAUCCGGGCACUGCGGGCAGGGGCCCCUGGAGGGUGGCUGGUGUAUCUGGGACAGGAGCUGGGCUAUUGGGUGUCCACCUUGGCCCCGGGCCCAGGGCUGGCCCAUUGUGUUGGGGCUGGGCAUUUGCUGGGAGGGGGGUGUUAAAGCCAGCCCCUCCCCCGGGCACACACACCUGGGACCCCGGCCGGACAGGAGAGGACCUGGGACAUGGGGGGUCCUUGCCCCCCACUGACAGCCCUGCUGCUGCUCACCCUGCUGGCAGGUGAGUGAACCCAGGCGUCCGGGCUCCCACCCCGCCCGAGAUGACGCGGAUCCCCUGAAGCCCUCCAGGGCUCACAGUGGGGUCAGGAACCCAGGCAUCUGGGCCGACUUCUGGCUCCACAUAUCCCGUCCCGCCCCCCCACCCUCGUGGGGUGUUAGAUGUGGCAUUAGAUGUCCCCUGCCCCAGAGCUGGCCGCACCUUGGCCUCACGCUGCGUUUUUCUACCUGCCUGGUUCUCAUCCACGCCACACCCCAGAGGUGGGCGCAGCUGGGGCCGACAUGGGCAUGGCUGGGGGGUGCUGGGUAGGGGUUGGACCCCCGCCCCCACUGCUGCCCGCGUCCCCCUGCUGACUCUGUCUGCUUCUUCCCCAGGUGCAGAGGAGGCCGCGGGUCAGGCAGGUACGAGGGGGGGCGGUGGUCCAUCCUUCCCUGGCACGUCCGUCCAUGCAUCCACCCAACACCUCUUUGUCCCUCCAUCUCCAUAACCCCCGUCUGCCUGUCCAUCCAUCCAGGUCCUGCAAGCCAUCCCUGCCAAAUGCAUCCAUCCAUCCACCUCCGCUCCCCUCUUCUCUCUACCCCCCGUCCAUCCGUCCAUGCUUCUCUCUCCCCAUCUCCCCUGCAGCCUGCGGGCGCCCAGCCCCCGACCUGGCCCUGAAUCCAGCCCGCGUGGUGGGCGGGACCAAUGCCCGCGCUGGGGAGUGGCCGUGGCAGGUCAGUCUCCGACACAACCGGCUCCACAUCUGCGGGGGCGCCCUCGUGGCCCCCCAAUGGGUCCUCACGGCUGCCCACUGCUUCGAGGGUCCCAUCAGGCUCGGCGAAUACCAGGUGGAGCUGGGGGCCCUGGAGCUGUCCCACCCACCCCCCGAGGCCAUCCUGGCACCUGUGGCAGGGGUGGCCGUGCACCCCCACUUUGUGGGGGCAGGGCUCAGUGCUGACCUGGCCCUGGUCCGCUUGGUCCAGCCCGUGGGCCUCACCCCGACCAUCCUGCCCAUCUGCACCCCCCGGCCCGGCCAGCCCUUCCUGCCGGGCACAGCCUGCUGGGUCACCGGCUGGGGCAGCAUUGUGCCUGAGGGCCUGUUCCUGCCCCGGACACUGCAGAAGGUGGAGCUGCCCCUGAUCGAGGUGGACGAAUGCAACUGGCUCUACCAGGCCAACUCCAGCUCCGAGUCCUCCGAGAUCCCAGAAGGCUACAAGCUGGUCCAGCCGGACAUGGUGUGCGCGGGCUACGCCGAUGGGGGCAAGGACUCCUGCCAUGGCGACUCGGGAGGGCCCCUGGCCUGCCCCCAGGAUGGGGCCUGGUUCCUUGUGGGGGUUGUGAGUUUUGGCUUGGGAUGCGCCCGCCCUGGGCGCCCAGGGGUCUACACCCGCGUCGCCGCAUUCACCCCCUGGAUCCAGGAGGUCAUGGAGGCACCGCCCCCCAGCACUGCCCCCCGGGCCCUGGCACCCUCCCUGUGGGGACUGCUGUUCCUCUGCCCACUGCUAGCAGGGCCCUGAGUUGGGGGACCCAGGAGUCUGGACUCCCAGAACCCCCUGCUCCCACCCCCGCCACCCCAGAGAACCCAGACAUCCAGGGCUGCCAGCCUCCCCUAUGCCCACACCCCAGAGAACCCAGGCAUCUGGGCUCCCAGUCCCCCAGUUCCGCCCCCCCGUCCCCUAAUUAAGGCUAUUUAAUGCAAAACCAAAUGCCCCCCCUCCCUCCCCCUGCAAGAAUAAAGUCCUUUCUAAUUAGACACCAGCUGGUGCUUCAUUAGGGUGGGUUUUGUUGCCCAGGUUUUGACCAAAAUCUGCCAUUUUCCACCCAAGUUGGAGCUUAUGGUGUGUGUGUGUGUGUGUGUGUGUGUGUGUGUGUGUGUGUGUGUGUCCCCAUCCCAGACACCUGGGUCCUGUGUGCGUGUGUCUCUUUGCCCCAGAGUGGGAUCAAGUGGGGGUGUGCUGAGGGUGCCCGGACACCUGGGUUCCCCAUGCGGGGAUGGGGUCUGGUCUCCUCUCCCCCCUGCUCCUCCCGCAGUGGCCAUCGUCCACCAGCAGGGGACACCCAAGAGCCCUGUGGCAGCAGCUGCCCAGAGAGCCCAGGUGUCUGGGGCUCCCAGCCUCCUCUACUCCCACCCCAUCACACCCCAGAGAAUCCAGGUGUCUGGGUUCCCAGCAUCCCUUGCUCCCACUGCCUUCCCCUCCCCGAAAACCCAGAAAAGGGUAGGGCUUUGGAUGGUCCCAUGGGGGCUUGUGCUGGAAGGG